AUGGGCAAAAGAGGCCUGCCUAGAGCGUCGUGCGAGGAGUGCCGCCGCAAAAAAGCUCGAUGCGACUUGCCCGAUCGCACGGCGCUUGGUGGCACCUCGUGCACCUGGUGCUCAGCCAAGCGUCUGCCGUGUCGAUUGGAGCAGGGUGCGCGAGGCCGACGACACGAAUCAGUGCAGAGCAUACCGUCGAAAGCCUCAUCACCCAGCACAGCCCCAUCCUCAACAUCGGAUGCAUCUGCGACUCCAGCGCUGCCGGACGAGCUCUAUCUACCCGGCUCCCGACACCUUUCUCGGUCUGCCUCGGCUGUGGGAUCGGCUAACAGCCAGACGACCACCACAAACACCAACAGUGCAGUUUCAGCACACAUCGGCUCGCCUGCUUCCGCAACUGGGGCCAUUCCGGCAGCCGGGCUUCUCGAUGUACCUGGCCUCAGCUACCCGCUGCUGCAAGAGACAAUCGAUGCCUACUUUGCCACCGCAGGCCAUCUCAACCCUUCGCUCGAGCAGCACGACUUUCGACGCCGCUGCCGCGCAUACUUUGCGCCUCUCUUCUCCUGUGCGCCCGACCACGUAGCCGAAGAGAUCUCGCCACUCAUCAUCCUCGCCGUCGCAGCCGUCGGCAUCGCGCACACCACACGCCCCGCACGAUUCGACCUUCAGCGUCGCAUAGUACUGCGCGCAGAGCAGAUCGCAAAGCUUGGAAUGCUCCCGCACGGGCUCGACGGAAUCACCGCCGUGCUCAUCCUCGAAGGCAUCGCUUACACCGCCGAAGGCGCUCCCAUCUUCUGGCCCAAGAACCCCGAUCCACUCCACCUCCAUCCUUUCAGCCACGAAGCUCCAGUGCGUCUCACCAGACAUCUCAACCUCCACCGUCACACUUCCAACACCAGAGAGACUCUGCUCUUCUGGCAUAUUUACGCUUUCAACUGCUGGCGGCCUGAUACAUUCGAGUAUCUGCAUCCGCGCGAAGUGGAUCUCGAGCGCCCGCCGCGCGGCACACUGCUCGGAGACUGGCACGACAGCUUGCUCACGCUCGGCGAGAUACAUCAAGAGAUUCACGACCUCUGCUGGACCGGUCCCCACCGCAAGCAAGGAAUCGCUCCUGCACAAAUCAUCUCGCUCCUCAAGCGCCUGCAUGAAUACGAGCGCGCCCACAUUGGCUCGCUUGCUUCCCAGACGAUAGCCCAGCAUUCCGAGGCGGAUCUGGGCAAGAGCGCACAGCAAGGCCUCGUGCGGAUACUCUACUACAACACCAUCAUGUCGCUCGAGGCCUACGCACGCGUUGCUGGCCUCGAAGCAGGAAGCGCAGACGUAGCCGAGGCGCGCACCAUGCUCCGCACCAACACCACACGUGCCUUUAGUCAGAUCGUCCACAUUGCCGCAGAGGCGGCCCAACGCGGCUACUUUGGCUUCCAUGUGCGCGCCUUUCGUUCCCUCACGGUCGGAUGUGUGAUGUGGUGCAUCGAACGCAUCCGCCGCGCACACGAGCAUGCACGAGUCGAUGCUGGCCUCUGGCUCACCUCCUGCGGCGAGCGCAUGAUCGACGCUAUCGAUUCCACCACUACGUGCUGCGUCGAUACACCACCGCUCGUCUUGGAGCUGCGCGCCCAGCUCUUGCAAGCACAGCUGAUGCAAGAGAGUGCAGUACAGCUGCCGCCGCCAGCCAUAUCGCCCUUUGACGGAAGCGACGCCAGCGAGCUUUGGUCUUGGCUACUCGAUCCCGCCUUCUACGAUGCGAUCCAACCUAAUGAACAGGAGGUGGCUGUCGCAGGAGCGGAACGCGGCGUUGUCGAAGAUCUGGUUGAGGACAGCGAGCUUCUAGCGAUGGGUCUGGAAAAGGGCUCGAUGGGAGCAAGGGCGAGGCCUAGCUUGCCUGCGGCCAGCAUGGUGACGAAGGCGGCAGGAUGCUCAGACGAGAUGCUGCGAUCUCGAGAACAUCUACAGCCGCGACUCUCGAAGCCUGAUCGACUUGUGUACGAUUCCGUCCGAGCUCUGACUGUGAGUCUGUCAACGUGGGCAUCAAAUGACGGUACUCUAUGCGUGUGCACUACUUGCAUCGCCGCCUACGAGUCCGACGUGGGCAUGGCCACACAGAGCGGAUGGCCAAGCUCAGGCUCGCUCUCUCGUCUGCGGCGGCGGUGGAUGGCGCUUGACGAGCCUGUGAACCCAGAAAAUCUCGAAGCUGGCCAGCGCUGGCCAUGCUGGGUUUCUGGGAGGCAGCUCGGCUGGUCGGGACGCGCACGUCGGCAGGUGUCGCGCAAAAGUCUCCGCCCCGCCGAAUCCAAGGAGAUUUUGAAGUUGGCGCGCGAACGCCCAUUUGCAUUUUGA